AUGGUACCAUUGAUCAUUUGGCAAAUAAUACUUGGUGUAUCAUUUUUUCCGGAUGAAUUUAUCGCCCAAUUCUUGGAUGAUUUUUAUGGACAUGAUGGUGCAGCUGGUGAUCAACCAUUCAAUCAACCAUCUUCAAAUCUUAUCGAUACCAUUCAUUCACAUGGUGAUGUACCACAAACACCUGUAAUAGCAGUAGCAGAUGAACAAAUUUCAUUUAAUUUAUUGUUCUAA